ACAAAAUAAAAUUAACAUGAAGCACUGACAUGAUUAUGAAACAUUAUUGUGAAACUUUAACAUACAAUGGAUAGGUGGUUUUUUUAAAUGGAAUUUUAAUGUAGGCUCCCUUGUUUUAUUUUAGGGACUUAUAACUGCUGUGUUAAUUCCAAGUAUCUUGCCUGUGUUAUGCUUUAUUUCAAGACAGUCGCAUAAGGUUUGCGCCUAAGUCCACUAAAUUCAGUGGAAAUCUUUCCAGUAAUAAGCACGGCCUCAGGCUCUUAUUGGACUUCAGUUUCAGUAUGAGCAUAACAUAAAAACAGUUGCUUAAUCAGAAAAUUAAUUUUUAGAGGCACAGAGAUUUAGGCAAUAGUACUAGGUUCUAUAGUGCUAUUCUGUUUCUGCUUUGGAUUGUGAGAUGUUGCUAAAAACUGAUGGAGUUGCUGAGGGGAAUGGAUUGUCUUUUCCACUGAUGACCUAUGCAGAAGCUUUUGCAUUUUUGCACUUAGGCAGACAAGAUAGCAUUUACAGCUCUAAAAGCUACCCAGAUCCUCUGAUAAAAGCACCUGAGUGCAUAAACCUAAUGUUGGGCAUCUCAGCUUCUGAACUCAGGCAAAACAACUCUGAUGUACAAGUGUCUGCAAAUGGAAAUACUUCUUUUACAGCACAUCAGCCUUGGGCUGGCAGUUGUGCUUUGUUGAGCAGAGAUGAUUCAGCUGAAAUACAUUUAUUUUCCCUGUCCUGCUGCCUGUCCUCCCCAGCCCUUCCCCCCGAUGGGUCCCCUGAUGCUGCCCUGCCCAAUGCAGGCAGAACACUGUGCACCUGCCCACAUUUUGUAAUCCAGUCCUUAUCCAUUGAAAAAGUUUGCUUUGCCACCUGGUUUGUUUUUUUUUUGUUGUUUGUUUGCUUUUUGUUUUUUUAUGUGGAUAACAGUGCAGGCUGCUCCAUCUCCCUUUAAAAGAUUUCCUGAAAUAAGGCAGUGUUGCCUAUAACAAAACUGCUGCUAUGUGCCUGCCUGUGCCUGUAAUACUCAUCAGGACUUUGGUGGAUGAGUGAUCUCCUGCCCACUCUCACAUAUAAUAAUGUCUGAAUAGGAAAGAUAUUUUCCUUAAAAAGAGAAAGACAGCUAAUGCCCUGUUUGUCCUUCAACUGGUCCAACGCAGUUGAAGUCACUGGAAUUAUUUAUUAUAGGCAACAAUAAAAUUGGGCACAAGAAUCCAUAGAAUGGAUGCAAAUCUACAAUUGACAUGCUCUCACUACCAAUUUUCCCCAGUUCAUAAAAUCCCUUUAUUUGUUACAGUCCCAGCUGGAUGUAAAGCAAAAAUUUUAAAUAACACUUGCUUACAGAAAGCAAAACAACCCAAACUUCCCACAUAUCUGAACAAAUUCACCCUGUUAAUGACACAGUUCUUCACAGAAAAUAAUCAGAGAUGAGGACAUUCUUAAAGCCACUCACUUUAACAUUGGAAGAUGUUCCAUCUAUAAACACGAAGACUAGUAGUAAGAUGUAAGGACUGAUGCACUGCAUUCAGCAACUUGCAAUUGCAAUGUUAGUAUUACAGGAAUUUUCCAUUUUAGUAUUGUCAUGGUCUCUUUAAAUAGUAACUGAAUCACUAGCAAGAGGGAAGCAGACACCCCAAGGAAGGCCCUGGUCAAGGCGUUGGAUUACAUCUUUCACUUAGCGCUGACAAAAGGCACGGGAUCUCAGCGUCAUUAUACAAUGCUUGCACCACUUUACCAGCUGGGCCAGACUUUAUUAAAACAUCACUAAUAUUAAAGCGUGUCUGUGAGGCCCGCAGUUGAGAGGCAAACAGCGCAGAGAUGUGCGGCUGUAGGGCAGGACGAUCCUAAACGCGACCCUUGUGGGUUCGGCUCGGUGCCGCGGCCUGGCCCCUCCGCAGCAGCGGCUGCCGGGGCCUCCGGCGCAGGCCAGGCCACAAGGGGUGUGCGUGAUGUUGCUCGGUUUUGCUGGGUUUGUUUUUUUAAAAAAGAACAAAACAGCCUCUUUUCGCCUCUCUUCUCACACCGUGGUGCCCGCAGUGACUCCCGAAUUAGAGUCACAGCAGAUCAGAUCGGCCCGGCCCGGCCCUUCCCGCCGGCGGAGCCGCUUCCCUCGCCGCGCUCCAGCGCCGAGCCUGCUUAUCUGGCAGCGUCUCAAGUUACUCCCCUCAGGCAGCUUGAGCCAGUAAAACUAGAUCCUUUCAUCUCGGCGGAGCUUACUGACAACCAGCCGUCUGGUUUCCUAGGAAACAAAAUCUUGGCUAGAAAUAGUGAAUCAUUUCCAGGUCACUUUCAACAUGGAGAGUGGAGCAGGGAAGCAUUGGACUGAGGAGGAGGUUAAAGCCUUGUUAAGCGUCUGGUCAGAAAAAAAUAUCAGAAAGCAACUGCACGGCACCCUGAGGAAUAAAGGAAUAUUUAUCUACAUUGCUAAAAGGUUACAGGAGUUGGGAGUGUGCAGGGACUGGAAACAGUGCCGUGCAAAGUACAAAAACCUGAAGUACGAAUACAGAACGGUUAAAUAUGCCCACAACUCUGGGGAUGUCACUAAAACCAUGAAGUUUUUCCAUGAUCUGGAUGCCAUAUUGCGAUAUGAGCCUGUCACACAAUUAGCAGCAGAAGAAAACGGCAGGUGUUCUGCGACUGAGACGCAGCUGAACACAAGCCCCACAACAGACAGCACGCAAGGUGAAAUACCAGUCUCUUUAGAAGAUGAUGGGGAUGCUCCAGGAGAUCCACUACUUUUUAUAUCUCAUGCCAGACCAGUUCAACUAGGUAAUCCAGCACCAGCAGUAGAGGCUUCCAAACCACUGGCUUUUAUUCCUACAGUAGCAAAUGAAGGAGGAAAACACUGGACUGUUAAUGAAGUCAGAGCUUUGAUACGCAUAUGGUCAGACAAAAACAUCCAGCAACAACUGGAGGGGACAGUGAGAAAUAAAAGAAUAUUUGAACAGGUUGCUGCUAGACUGCAAAAGUUUGGAAUUGACAGGGACUGGAAGCAGUGCAGGACAAAAUACAAAAAUCUGAAACAUGAAUACAAGAGUAUAAAAAGUGCCCAAGACUCAGGGAGUACAAGUAAAAGUAUGAAAUUUUUUAACGAACUGGAUGCUAUUCUGGGGCACUGCACCAUGGAACAAGCAACUAAAUCAGAUAAUGAUGAAAGUGAGAGGCCUCCAGAAUGGACAGAAGCAAAAUCGGAAAAGGAUUCUGUAGAAAUGCCUGGAGACACAGGUGAAGAGGACUCUGUUAGUAAUAUGUCAGAAGACCUACAGAUUGCAGAUAUAAAGAAAGUUUCUGAUUCAGAAAUCCUUGAAGAUGACAGGGACUUUGCCAACUCCACCCCAGCAGCUCUGGAAGCCACACAAAUAAAGAAGGAGACGAUUGAUAUAGAUGAUGAUUCUAUAAGCACUACCUCAGAAGACAGAUCUUGUACACCAGUAGCAAAACGGAUGGUUGGUACAGACAAUCACAUUCCCUUGGAAGAAGCACAAAAUCACUUUAAAGUUAUUACAGUUAAUGAUACAGGAGCAGGAAAACACUGGAGUGAUAAUGAAGUUAGGGCUCUGAUAAACAUAUGGUCAGAUGAGAAGAUACAACAAAUGCUUGAAGGGGCCACAAGAAAUAAGGAAAUAUUUGAAGAAAUUGCCAGAAGGUUAAUGAAAUGUGGCAUAGACAGAGACUGGAAACAAUGUCGUACGAAGUACAAGAACCUAAAAUACGAAUACCGUGCACUGCAGAAAGAAAAUGAACAUCUUGGAAAUCCCAGGAGAAAAAUGAGAUUUUAUGAUGAAGUUGACUGUAUCUUAAGAAGACAGCCUCUGGGAACCUCAGGCUGGGGAUGUGAAAGCUCAAGUCUCCUAUCAGUUUCAGUGGGAGAUGCUACAGACACAGGAUCUUUGAGUAUCAAGAGAAAAACAUGGAAUGAUGAGGUGUCACCUGUUCCACUUAAGAAAAGUGCUUCUGAAAACACCACACUCCACUUUCAAAAACUAUUAACAGAGAGAGUGCACACGGUAACAGAAGGCAAAAAAUUACUAUUUGAAAGGCUCUGUAAGCAGGAAGAAAUGCAAGAGCUCAACAGAACACAGCUGUAUGCUGAUCCAUCAGCCAUACAACAGUGUGCCUGUCCUUUUAGAAGAAAUACUAACCUGAUGGAAGUAGCUAGCACUGCAGAGAUAACAAACUUAAUUUUAAAUUAUGCCUGAUGCACAAGGAUCCAAAUCUUUCCAAACCUUGCUGUCAAUUCAGCACAAUGGUCCCCAAACCCCUCUUUACCUAGUUCCAGAAAAUAAAAAACAAAGACUUUGAAUUAAUUGAAAUCAGCAGACCUUUCAAGAACAUGUAUCUGUCUUUAAAUGCUGAUACUCAGGUGAGAAUGACACAAAAGCACUGAGGCAAACGAUUUGCUGAAUUCUUAGCAGGUCAGAGCAGAGAACUGCAGAGCACACUUGCAGUCUUUACUUGGAAAUUUUUCAUAUCAACACUAGGUGGUAGACAUGAAGCAAGAACUGACAGAAAUAAAAAAGAACACAAGUGUCUUUACUUUCCAAGUAAAGAGUUUUUCCUUCAGUAAACUUUUCAGAGAGCAGGAUUUAUCUGACAAACAAAUGUCCAAAGAAGAUGGACUUCCCUUUGUGUGGGAUUCCUCUUCUAUUUUGCUUUGUGACUGCAAAGUUAGCUUGCUUUUUGUAAAUGCUUUGUCAGGAAGCUGUCUUCUGUCCUGCUGUUCAUUUAUUGUAGAUUAAAGAUGGUAAGAGAUGCCAGGUGCAAGAUGGGGUAUUUGGCAUCAUCUGAUAUUUGUGUGUUACUCCCAUUUAUACAGAUAAAAAUUAAUUUACUUGAGACAGAUGAAGUGAUAUCAAGACAACCUUUCUUCACUGUGGUUGUAGUUACAAUUUCACAUUAACUUUUUGCUUAGAGACAAAAUUACCAGUAAUGUUGCACAUGUGCCUGAAGGUGGGACAUCAUCUGACGUGCUAAAUGGUUAUUUGUAGGGAACUACCACAGGACUGCAAUGGUUUGGAAGAGAACCUUUCUUAGACAUAGAUCCUCAACAGAAAGGCCACACCAAGUCACCAUGUCCAUGUAACUGAUCCUGG